GUCAGAUUAAGUUUAGAUGAAAGGAUUUAUGUGAAAAUGAGAAAUGACAGAGAAAUUCGCGGUAGACUACAUGCUUAUGAUCAACAUAUGAACAUGAUACUUAGUGAUGCCGAAGAAACCGUCACUACUGUUGAAAUAGACGAGGAGACUUAUGAAGAAAUGUAUAGAACUACGAAAAGAAACAUCCCUAUGUUGUUUGUGAGAGGCGAUGGGGUAAUUUUGGUUUCACCACCAAUGCGAACUUCGUAAUAUAAUUUCUUAUUCCACUAUCA